AUAUUCAUGCAGCCGGUGUGUACAUUGUUCCUGGGCAAGAGAUCUCUCUGAAACGCGUGGAAAGGUAAGCUUAGUAAUGUUCAGGUGGCGAUAUUCUUCCCUGACUUUUGCCCACUACUGACACAUGCUGCUCAAAGAAAACAGGCAAUCAAGUGUUUGGAAACAAGGGGCUAUAUUCAGAUAUCUCGAGUUAAAAUUUGAGAUUACAGACAGAAAGGAAACUUUAUGUUAUGUGCAGAGUUACUUCAGAACUAAGUCUUACUGCAUAGAUGAAACAUUCACUUCAGUUGUAAGCCCUUCUUAAAUCAAAUACCGAUGUGAUCAGAAACACCUUUUUUGUUUUUGUAUUUUGUUUUUUGAUGUUUUAUUAAUGGUGUAACCUUAACAUAAAAAAAGAUUGAAAAAAAGAAUAAGAUCUUGUUGUCAUUGAGAAGUCAUUCUGUCAGAGAAGUGGGAGCUAAGUCCGUGGAGGAAAAAGAUCAUAUCAGCUGUGAUCACACCAGUGCAAGUUCUGGUGAUGUAAAGAAAGUAAUAGACUACUAUAAUCAACUUGCUAAAAUUGCCAAAGAAAUGGGUGAGAAGUCAGCUGAAGGGUGUGCUUAUGGUGAACUCGGGAAUGUUUUUCUGAGUGUAGGUGAAAUCAAAAGAGCUGUAAACUACUACAGCCUUUGUCUUGAUAUUGCUAAACAUGUUGGUGACACACCUCUAAAGGGAAAAGCCUACAGCAGUCUUGGCAGUGCUCAUCACAGACUCGGUGAUAUAAAGAAAGCCAUAGAGUACCACCAACUACACCUUAAAGUAACUAAACAAGUAGGAGUCAAGUAUGAAGAGAGUGUGGCUUAUAGCAAUCUUGGCAAUGCUUAUCAGAGUCUGGGUGAUUUCAAAAAAGCCGUAGAGUACCACAACUUACAGCUUAAAAUAGCUAAAGAAAUAGGAGACAAGGGCGGGGAGGGUAAUGCUUAUGGCAGUCUUGGCAAUGCUUAUCAGUCCCUAGGUGAUCUAAAAAAGGCCAUAAAGUACCACAACCUACAUCUUAAAAUAGCUAAAGAAAUAAGAGACAAGGGUGGGGAGGGCAAUGCAAAUGGCAAUCUUGGCAAUGCUUAUCUAUCCCUGGGUGAUUUCCAAAAAGCAUUAGAGUACCACAAACUACAUCUUGAAGUAGCUAAAGAAAUAGGAGACAAGUGUGGGGAGGGUCGAGCUUAUGGAAAUCUUGGUAAUGCCUAUCAGAGUCUGGGUGAUUUCAAAACAGCAUUAGAGUACCACAAACUACAUCUUGAAAUAGCUAAGAAAAUAGGAGACAAGGGUGGGGAGGGUAAUGCUUAUGGCAGUCUUGGCAAUGCUUAUCAAUCCCUGGGUGAUUUCCAAAAAGCCAUAGAGUACCACAAACUAGAUGUUGAAAUGGCUAAAGAAAUAGGAGACAAGGGUGGGAAGGGUCAAGCUUAUGGAAAUCUUGGUAAUGCCUAUCAGAGUCUGGGUGAUUUCAAAAAAGCAUUAGAGUACCACAAACUAUAUCUUGAAAUAGCUAAAGAAAUAGGAGACAAGGGUGGGGAGGGUAAAGCUUAUGGAAAUCUUGGUAAUGCCUAUCAGACCCUGGGUGAUUUCCAAAAAGCCAUAGAGUACCACAAACUAGAUCUUGAAAUAGCUAAAGAAAUAGGAGACAAGGGUGGGGAGGGUCAAGCUUAUGGAAAUCUUGGUAAUGCCUAUCAGAGUCUGGGUGAUUUCAAAAAAGCAUUAGAGUACCAUAAACUCCAUCUUGAAAUAGCUCAAGAAAUAGGAGACAAGGGUGGGGAGGGUAAUGCCUAUUCCAGCCUCGGUAAUGCUUACUUUAGUCUCGGCGACUUUUUACAGGCCAAGGAGUCAUAUAACGUAACGCUUAAAAUUGCGAUAGAGGUUGAAAAGAAAUCCUUGGAGGCAUCGGCCCACUGUUCAUUAGCAAAUGUUUUCGGGUCACUGGGUCUACUACCAAACGCCGUUGAACAUUACCAAGCAAGCAUAACCUUAUUCAAUCCUCUGAGAAUACUUCUAAAAUCUAAAGAUCAGUGGAAAGUUAAUUUUCGAAAUCAGAAUCAAAUGGCGUAUACGGGUUUGUGGAGAGUUCUCGUGAAACAAGGUAAGAUAGACGAAGCCUUAUUUGCUGCUGAGAAAGGACGAGCUCAAGCUUUGACUGACCUGAUGGAAUCCAGUUUUUGUGGAGGAACAAGUCAGCCUAAGGGAGACGAUGCAGAUUUACAACUUUUAAAGAACAUUCCAUCAAACACUGUCUUUCAGGCAGUGGACAAAGACGACGUUUAUCUCUGGAUUGUGUCUGAUGGAAAUCAAAUUCAGUUGAGACAAAGUAAACUCAAAGAUUCUCUUUCAGAAAAUAGUGGAGCAAGCCAGUCCUUUGAGUCGUUCGUCCUCGGUGUCUAUAGAGAACUUGGUGUUCUUUCUAAUGUGAGAUGCGAGAAUCGAUCUUUGGAUACUUUGAGGGAAUGCCGCUCAAAAGUUCAUAAGGAAACUGGAGAGGACACCCCUCAACCUCUUGUCCAAAAACAACAGUGCUUGGGCACUUUGUAUGAUAACAUUAUGAAGCCGGUGGCCGACCUGGUUGAAGGGAAUCAGCUGCUAAUUGUUCCCGAUGGACCUCUGUGGCUCGUUCCGUAUGCUGCAUUGAAGGAUGGUAAUUCUAAAUACCUUUGUGAAUCAUUCAGAAUCAGACUUGCUCCAUCGUUAACAAGUCUCAAACUCAUUGCCGAUUGCCCAGAAGAUUAUCACAAAAGCUGUGGCGCGUUUCUUGUAGGAAAUCCGUGGGUAGGCGAGGUUACUGACAGCCAUGGAAAGAAACAGCUGGAGCAGCUUCCGUGUGCUCAAGAGGAAGUAGAAAUGAUCGGACAGAUUUUGAAGACCACUCCAAUCACUGGUAGACAGGCCACGAAACGAGAGGUGUUGAAAAGACUCAAUUCCGUUUCCUUAGUUCACUUUGCGGCGCACGGAUGUAUGGAAACUGGCGAAAUUGCUCUCACACCUGACCCAGACCGAAUAUCUACUGUGCCAACGAAGGAGGAUUACAUUUUAACAAUUGGAGACGUGUUGGAUAUUGAACUUCGCGCCAAACUUGUUGUGCUCAGUUGCUGCCAUAGUGGUUGGGGCGAGAUCAAGGCUGAGGGUGUGGUUGGCAUCGCGCGAGCCUUUAUGGGGGCUGGUGCUCGGUCUGUUGUGGUGUCCCUUUGGGCGAUUGAUGACGAAGCUACUCUUGAGUUUAUGAAAUGCUUUUAUCAACACCUUGCAGAAGGUAAACUUGCAAGUGAGUCUCUUAACCUGGCCAUGAAAAGCCUCAGAGAAUCAGACAAGUACAGCAACAUCAAAUACUGGGCGCCUUUUCUGUUGAUUGGAGAUGACGUCACUCUUGACUUCAGGGCAAAGGAAUGAGAAAAUUUGAAUAUGAAACCAGAUCGAUGAAAAGUGGUUUUUUUUUAUCUUGAAAAGAAAAAUUGGCGCAUGCACUUGGAAAGCUUGAAUGUUUCUCUGAUUUUGGAGUUUUUGGCUUCUUUUCAUUCCUUUUUAGCUUGCCACUAUUUUACCUGUAUUUGAAGUGUCGUUGCUAAUAUUGGUAAUUAAAACUUGAGAUAUGGAACUUUUUUCUUUGCUGAAGAAAUAAAAACAGACUGUAUCGUUAAAUACUGAUCAGUGGAAUUGUCUUUUUUUAACCUUUAAAAAUUUAAAUGCUUGCCAAAAGAACAGAAUGUAACAAGGCUUUUGUUGUGAAGGCCUGAAGUAGUUGAAUGGUGAUCACGAGAUUUCAGUUAUCACCAAAAUGAUAGUCAACUCUAUUCUUGUAUCAUAAUCAGUUGUACCCAAGUCAAUUUAAAGAUUUCUCUUGUACAUAACCAGGAGCUUGUCCACUGGGUUUUCACUAUAUUUAUACUCUAAGCUUUUGAUAAGCCACCAAAUUGUUCAUUAUUUGCUAAAGUUGGCUAAAGUUUGAUUUCAAAAUUCUAUAAUUUGAAGCCAUAUCUUAAAUAAACUUGGAUGGUUUUCCGCAUAAUAAGUACUUAUUCUACAAGGAC